CCGCCGCCUCAAUGAGAGCAAAUAGGGGGCGGGGCUUGAGACAGGCUCUGCCCCGUGAGUAACCGUUGGGCCCGUCAGUCAGCUUGGAGGAAGAGGCAGCCUCUUGGCUGGAAGGAGAUGGCGAGGCCGGGCUCCGUAAGGCACAAGGUAAAUGCGGGCGGGAGAGGGGGAGCAAGCGCGCCCUCCCUUGCCAUUAAGUUCGGGCUCUUCGCCCUGAGUUCCCCCUCGUAACCUCAGGGCUCUGCAUUCCCCAUAACCAUGCAUGAUGCCUGUAUGCUUACCGACUCAAGGCUGCAGUUCAUGCACCUGAUGAUGGAAGUGGAGUGGGAUCCGCGAACGCCUCUGUUAUUGAUGCAUCUUAUUUAGUUCUUAAGGUGCCGCGGGACUCUGCUGCUUUUACCAACAGAGUAGGUAACAAGCCCACCCUUCUAGAAUUCGUAAAAGCAGAAGAUCUUUAAGCUGAUCCCUAUUGCUCUUGCUCCUGGAGCACACACGCAAAAUGUGAUGGUGUGAAGUGUGAUUGUUUCUGAAAUACCAGAUUGUACAAAAAUAGUAUGAGUUUAACUACUUAAGCAUAACCUCUCCUGGUUUGCAGUGGUUUUAUUUAUUAUUAAUAGUUAUAGAACACAUUACCAAAUGGUUGAAGUUAUAAAGGCUCUUAGUUGGAUACCAGUGUUUUCCUUGUUGAAAUGGCCAGUUAAUAGUCAUGCUUGUGCAGGGAAUCUGAAUUUCAAAAUGUGAAGUAUUCUGUUCUUGAUAUUUGCAAAUAUGGUUUAGUUGAUUGAUUGAAAUCAAUUCAGAGAGGCCUACAUGUUCCCAAUGGUUAUUUAUUCUUUAAAAAGACUCUUAAUUGGCUUACAUACAAAGUAUAGGUCAGACAUGCUUCACUACUGCAGAUCGCUUUUCACUCUUGAAGUAGAAUGAAAUUUUUCUGUUAUUAGUUCUAUGCUCUUAUAAGCAUUUUUAAAAUAAAACAUCACUUGCAUGCUGACUUUCCUGUAGAAGAUAUAGUCUCUCUCUCUCUCUCUCUCUCUCUCUCUCGUAAGCCUGAGGUGUGUUUUCUGUUACACUUAUUCUGGAAAACUAAUACCAAAUAUUGAGUGCUUGUUUGUGCAACCAACAGGUACUGUCAUCAGGAAGGUUGACAGGAUCAGCUAAAUUAGCAAGCGGAGGAAAACAGUAAGGAUAUCCUCAUAUCUUCUAUAUUUGUGCAGGUUUGAGCAGUAGCAUAUUGUUAAAACUGCCCUAAAUGUUGUGCUUUUUGCUGGCUAGUUGGGACCAAUGCUUGUCUUUAGAAAUGAAGAUUAUAGAAUCAUCUUAAAUUCCUUAUCAAAUAUUACAUAUAAUGCCUUCAAACCUAAGGUGCUUUUUUGAUGUAGUUGGUUUUAGAGUUUCUGAUACUGUGUUUUAGCAUUUCUCCUUUCCUAGAUAUCAAAGUCCAAGUGUUGUUUUGCAUGUAUGCUAGAGAGAGAGUUAACACAGCAUUUCUGUGUUUCAGGAAUGCUUUAAGAAAAGUGGCACGUCCUGAUGCUGAUUUUGGCUACUCCCUGUAUUCCACAGAUUCUGAAGAUCAGGUAAUGACAGACUAUAAUGCAAAAUCUGAGCAAAGUUUUUUAUUUGUGCAUAUUAAAUAUUGCUACGAAAAGCCACUAGCCCUGGUCACUGUCAUCAUGUUUCACAUUUUCAAUUAAUCGGGAGAACAGGGCCUUGUCAGAAAGUUAUAUGGAAGAGGGUAAUCUUUUAAGCAGAAGUAAGGAGAAGGGGAUGACAGAGGACGAGAUGGUUAGAUAGUGUCUUCGAAGCUACCAGCAUGAGUUUGACCAAACUGCAGGAGGCAGUGGAAGACAGAAGUGCCUGGCGUGCUCUGGUCCAUGGGGUCACGAAGAGUCGGACACGACUAAACGACUAAACAACAACAACAAAAGGAACCUUUUCUGGAUGGAUGGCUUCCCAUCUGUUAAUCACUUAAUGCCAUUGUGAUGUCAGCUCAUGUUGCGCUUUGAAGCCCCGAUUGUUGGGAUUUCAAAGUGCAGUACUAUUUAAAAUCCAUUUUCCUGUUUGCAAAGGACUUUCAGACAGCUCAUGUUUGAGUCUCUGGUUUUGUAGGCUCAAACUAGGCCUGGGAGAUAUAUCAAUAUAUUGCCCAGAACCAGUAUGAAGAGCAGACCGUGAUGUCGGUUUCAUUAAGCGGUAUAUCACUGGUGAAACAGCUACCGCUCCUGAAUCCCUGUGCUAGCAGCGUGCGCUGGGGGGAGUCAAAUGUUUCUUCUUCCAGUGGGCACUGCUAGCAGAGGGACUCGGGAGCAGCGGCGGUUUCACCAGCAAUACGUAGUGAAACCACCAUCCCACUGCCUUCAUAUGACGUGGAGGGAGAAACAAGCUGUACCGGCGAGGUGCCGAUACAGCCUGUUCCUCCCUCUGAAUCUUUAAACUGCUCACCUGAGGAGCGUGCAGGUGCCCUUGCCUCAGUCUAGCAAUUAAAGGAGCCCCAAUACUCCUGCUGCUCACGUGUGAGCAGCAAAAGCACCGGGGAUGACUCAGCUGGGGAAGGGAAAUGUUCCCUCCCCCCAGCUAAGCUGCACGAACAAGCUGCAUUGUCCCAGCCUGCAACCCUGGGUGAAAUCGCCUCAGCUCUCAAGGUAAGAGCUGGGGCAGUUUCACCUGGUGUCUCGCAGGCAGAGGCCAACGCAUCUUGUUUUUCAACAUCGCGGUAGAUCGCCAAACUGUGGUGUUUGGCUGGCAAUACACCACGAUGUUGAAAACCUAAUAUUGCCCAGCCCUAGCUUAAACAGAAAUGCUUGAUCACUUGACUUGAGCAGUAUUUAACUCAUUUGCUACAUAGGCCUGUGCCUUGCUGGGAACAAUCACAUGCAGCCACUGCAGGAUUUAACCCAGUUAUGGCAGCUGACAGGCAGGUAGACAUGGUUGGAGGGAAAGGACCUCAUAGGUCAAGAUUAGCCUGCAGGCCCAAGGUUGCCCCCCCCCCGCCGUUAAGAUAUGCAGGUCCCAAGCCACCAAGGGUUGUAAUGAGUAUCUUGAAUUGAGCCUGGAAACAAACCAGCAGCCAGGGCAAAUCAUACAAUGCCUAGCACUCACAGGCAUCCUAGCAGCAGCAUUCAGUACUGGUUGUAGUUUCCAACAUACACUUUGGAACAUUUACUAGCUCACAGAAUAAGGAAGGUUUAAUAAUGAGCCAUUUUCUGUGAAUGAAAACUGUUUGCAUUCUCUUUCAUAUCCUUUCUACAGGUUGCAACCAUUCAUCAUGGCCUGGAUCGCUGUGCGUCUUUACUAAAGGACAUUUUGCAAAAUGAAUCUGAAGGUAGUAUUCUUUUUAACUACUUGAAUUCAGUUUUCAUUCUGCGAGUAACUUACUUUGUUGCUAAAUGAUAUUAUUUCAAAUGGUGCUAGGGAUGGAGAACCUCUGUCAAAAGGCAGGAAAAGCAGCUUUUGUCAGAACAGCUUCAAGACCUUUGCUCAGUAAAGUCAAUGGUUCAAAGAAGAGGGGUCAAAAGAAAAAAAAUAUUUCUGCAAAUGUGCGUAAAGGAAUGGGUAAGAUGUUUUUCUUCAACUUUAUUUUUAAGUUAAUUCUUUAUUUUAUUAUAUCCUUUCAGUGUUUCAUUACAGAAUAUCUAUAAGAAAAUGAUAAAACACAAUUUAUACAUUACUCUUUAAAAGAUCUGAUUUUUUAAAAAUAGCCUUACUCUACCAUAAAUGUUCAGUAGAUUUCACCUGCACUAGUAGAUCAAAUUUUGCUUCAUGGAGGUCUAAGUUUUUUGUUGUAUUCAUCAAUAGGACUAAAUUACGUGUUUCACUGUACAGUCUUUGGUCAAGUACAGGCCACCAUGAGUCUGUGAACAAUGCAGAACUAUAUUCUUGAACUAUUAGAAAAUAGUUUAGACUUUGAGGAAUGCUUAAGGAUAUAACUUACAUAUUUUUACUUUUAUCUUACAUAAUGUAACAUAAAACAUAAUCAAGACUACAAGCGUAUGGCAAUGCUUCAAGAGCAGAAUUCCAAAACUCAAAAGGUUACUGCUACAUCUUUGUUGUUUUAGAAUAUAACUUAACAGAGUUAAAGGUUAUUCUUUUUGCUUUUUGUAGUGCCUAUGCCAAAUAAGCCAGCAUCAGUGAAUGCUGCAGUUGUUGAAAAAGACACAACUCCUGUAAGUACAGGGCAACCUUCUCCUCUUCAACCAAUUCAUAUACCUUGCACUCAGCACUCUCCUGUGAUGCAUCAGAAACUGUGUGAGCAUGUGCAAACCCAGAUGUCUCUGCUAAACACCCAACUGCUGCAAAAAUCCAGUGGCAUUCCUGAAGUUCCAUGUUCCAUCGUUCCUGAACACAGUGAGUGGGAAUGGCAUGAUUUGAUUUGACAGACAUUGUGGGAUGGAUAUAUUUAAUCUUAACAUUGACAAUUUUGUUCUUUAUACCUCAAUCGAUAGCAACAUAUCAGCCUGUAACAGCAUUCAACUCCCGUUUGCCUACCUCUACACCAGCUCUGUCCCCACAAUAUGCAGCUAAUCCUUCGUUUGUUCAGCCUGUAAGUACUCUCUUAAAUUUCGGAUUGCCACGUUUUGUUCUGUGCAUACUAUUGAUAAAUUUCUACUGUUUUGCCUUCCUUAAAAGUUUCCUUAAUACAUGUUAAAAUGGGGGCUUCUAAAGUCUAAUGCAAUUCAACAAGUGUUGGUGUAAUGUAGAUAACUGGUCAUUUUUUUCAUUUUUUAAAUUUAUGGUUGUCAAAGAGGAGGAACCAUGAUAUAAUUUCAAUUUCCCCUUGGGUAUUUGACGACAUAAGAGGAUGGAGGGGACAACAGGAAUGUAAGACUCUGUUAAGGUCAGCAGCUUGUGCCAAAGUACGGCAGAUCACAUUCAGGAAAACACUCUAUUUUUCACAUCACAUGACACUUCUUAAAAACAUACCUCUUUGCUUAAGCCUUUUCUGGCAUUUAAUGUUGAGAAUUAAUAGUGCCCUUUGGAUUAUCAGCUGCAUUUUUUUAUAUUUUACUGUGAUUUAUUGCUAGAUUUUAUCACCUUGUACAUCGUCUUGAGGCUUAAGUAGAAUUUGCUUGUCACCCAUUCUUCUAAAUACUUCCUCACUACAUUGGGUGAGCACAAUACAGCACAACUGCAACAAAUUAAUUCUGCAAGCUGAAAGGGGAAAAGAAAGAAAAAAUUGUUAAAACAAAUCCAACUUCACCUGCUUCAAAGUGAAGCUGUUUUGAAGAACACCAGUACUGAAGCAACCUUUAAUUCUGCAUAUAUUUUGAAACACCUGCCAUAGAUUACCCCAUCAGGUUCAACUAAUUACUAAUACAAUAUAGGCAAUCUCUCUUUGUCUCUCUUUGUGUUGGAUAACAAUCAAAUGGCAUAAUAGCUUAUUGUUAAAUAAGCCUUUAGGACAGGGUGUAUCAACUGCUGUGCCUUGGAAAGUAUGCUUAAGAAGUGGGGAAAGAGAUCCUUCAUGGUGUCAUAGAAAAUAUAAUAUUUACCGUAUUUUUUGCUUUAUAAGACACACUUUUUCCCUCCUAAAAAGUAAGGGGAAAUGUGUGUGUGUCUUAUGGAGCGAAUGCAGGUUGCACAGCUAUCUCUGAAUCCAGAACAGCUGCGCAGCGAUCCCUCUUGCUGUUCUGACUUCUGGGAUAGCCACGCAAAGCCUCUUCAGAGCAACGGGAGGAACGCUCCCCCUGCCCUGAAGAGGCUUGGUGCGGCUGUCCCAGAACAGCAAGAAGGAUUGCUGCUUUCGCUGCGCAGCGAUUCCUCUUGCUGUUCUGAUUUCGCUUUGCUGGAGAGGCGCUGUGCAGAGAGGGAGAGCUGCACAGUGCCCCUUCAGUGAAGCGGGAGGAGAAACGGAGCGCCUUCCGUUUCUCCUCCCGCUUUGCUGAAGAGGCGCUGUGCAGAUUCAGAAUAUUUUUUUCUUGUUUUCCUCCUCUAAAACUAGGUGCGUCUUAUGGUCAGGUGUGUCAAAUACGGUACCUAGCGUAAUAUUUACCUUUAUAGUAGAAGGCUACACAUCUAAACACUAUUUUUUAUUGCAACCUACUCAUAACUAAGCAUGCAGUAUUAACAUUUCAGUGUAGAAUACAUUAUUCAUAUGCUCUUUUUAUAGGGUGCUGUCAUUGAGAGCUGCACUCAGUGUGCAUCACAGAUGGGACUUCUCUUGCCAGAAGGCCACAGUGGCUCCACUUCUAGUGCCCAAGGGCAGACUGUUGCUUCAUGUUCUGCCCUGCCCCACAUGAUCCAGUCUGCUCCAAACAAACCUACGCCACCCACAGUACUUGCUCCAGCUAGUACCAGAGAAACUGUGCCUGAUCAAGGAAACCACGAACAGCAGAUUAAAGAGGCAGACCUAAUAAGAUGUAUUCAAGCACAUCUGGCUCUGUUGCAAGCACAUGAAAAGGAGAAUGGGAAGGUUGAUGGAAAGUACCAGGAUGUUGACCAAAUUCAGACCAAGCCCUUGAUUUCUAGAGAAGACACUGCUGAAGAAUAUAGUGAGGGUACUCUAAGCGAAGAGGAAAACUUGGAUGGAGUUGAUAUGGCACCAGUGAGAGAUACAAGCUGUCAGACGAGCUUUGACAAGGACAUUUUAAAACCUAAAAAGACAAGCCUUCAAAAAACAGCUCAGAAAGUGAAAACCGUGAAGUAUCUUUUGGGAGAACUUAAGGCCUUGCUCACUGAUCAGGGUAAUAUGAGAUUUCUGCUUACACUAUAAUUGAUUUAUACUUCUGUAAGGUUUACUUAAUUGAAUACCAACAUGACAAAACCACAUUUGUUUCUACUAAUUUUGUCUUUCUUUCUACUAAGGUUUCAUAUUUUAGUAUUUUGUUCCUUUUAUCUGUUAGUAGUAUGCAAUAAAAGGGACGUGGGUGGCCCUGUGGGUUAAAUCUCAGAGCCUAGGGCUUGCCGAUCAGAAGGUUGUGGUUCGAAUCCCCGCGACAGGGUGAGCUCCCGUUGCUUGGUCCCUGCUUCUGCCAACUUAGCAGUUCGAAAGCACAAAAGUACAAGUAGAUAAAUAGGUACUGCUCUGGCAGGAAGGUAAACGGCAUUUCCAUGCGCUGCUCUGGUUCGCCAGAAGCGGCUUAGUCAUACUGACCACAUGGCCUGGAAGCUGUACACCAGCUCUCUCGGCCAGUAAAGUGAGAUGAGCACCGCAACCCCAGAGGCGUCUGCGACUGGACCUAACAGUCAGGGGUCCCUUUACGUUUAGUAGGCAAUAAAGAACAGAGACUCCUUUCUGCACAAGGGAGAGUGUUCACAUUCUCAAUAUGGCUGAGUGGUGCUUUUUGUUUUGUAAGAAAUCUGAAGUCAAAUGUAAAAAAAAAUAAAUCGGAUCUCUUCCCCUUCAUUUUCCUAAUCACAUCUGCUUCAUGUAUUGAAAACCAGUGAUUUACAACCCAUUGCUAUUCUUAUUAAAAUAUUUUUGGAUACUUUCUUGAUUAAGGAAUCAUGUUCCAGAUCAGUACAGCAUAAAAGCUUCCAAUGGAGUUUGAUUUGUAGUGGAGCUGAAUGUGAGACAUCUUUAAAAAAAAAAAAUCUGAUGAGUAUAGAAAGCAAAUAUAACUAUCUGCCUUGCCCUACCUAAUAUGAAUAGGUUAUAAAAUGUUUCUUGAGGAUUCCCAUAUUAAUGUAAGUCUUAUUAGAUGGGGAAACACCCAUGGUGGAAUUCUUAUUAUUUCCGCUUUGUGAGCUGGCAAGUACUGUUCAUCCUGGGCAGCAGGUAAGUAAGCAAGCAAGCUUAUAUGGAAGUAAAGGAAGCUUCUGGAAUAAUUAGCUGUAAGCAGAUGUGUUUAGGGUCAUGUUGCCAACAUUACACCAGGGACAAUAAGGUUAAUAUAUAUAUACAAGGGUUCUUACUAUUCUCAGGGUAAAGUGCUGUUUUUUUUCUUUUAGCAACAUGCACUGCAAAAACAUUAAUGAAAUUUGUUCCCUUCCUUUGGAAAGGGACAUAUUGAAGACGGAGCUCUGUCUUAAAUCUAUUGUAGCGUAUAGCAGAUGUAAAAGUACUUGGUAUCUUUCUUAGGAUUGUGAAUUUUUAUUCUUCCACAACAUGUUUUGAGGAGUGCAUUUGAUUACUCAACAGAUUCUUCCUUUCCCCAUUAUAGAUGAUUCAGAAAUUUUGAGGUUGCUAGGUGAAGUGGAAGACACUGUAUCACUCUUGCCUGCAGUUGUUGGAAAUGCAAAUGUACAGGCUGAAAUAGCACUUGCUGUUCAACCUCUCAGAAGUGAAAAUGCCCAAUUGCGCAGGUCAGUAAUACAUGUAUGGAAGAUCAGCAAUGGUAAUUCACCAGAUCUCAGUUUAGAACAGUUAACAAAAGGGUGAAUGUGCACUUAAAACAAAAGCAUUUUACAGCAAGAUUACAAUUCUGUCCUUUUUUAAAGGAGUAGAUGCAUAGAUUAUGUAUACAUAUAAAUUAAGUCUGUUAUCUAUAAAACAGAAAUACUGUAUAAUAAAUUAACAUGUCGAAACAUUUUUGCGAAACAAUCUAAAACUUGUUUAUCAAUGUUCAACUAAAAUGAGUAAGAUGCAUUUGGGAGUUGAAACAUCAGCAGACUAUCUUGAUAUAAAAGUUGGCGCAAUCCUUGUUCUCCACCCAAUUUUCACUUUCUUGUAGAGUUCAUUGUGGAAGAAGAGGGGUCUGCCGGGGGAACUGCAAAAGGCAGUUCACUGCUACAUAAUGGUUAUCCACGUAAUGGAACAAAAUAGUUCCGUUAUCGUGUAUAAUAACAGUUGGUAAUGCUAGUGAUAACAACUGUGAUCAGUUUGUGUAUACAGUGGUACCUCGGGUUAAGUACUUAAUUCAUUCCGGAGGUCCAUACAUAACCUGAAACUGUUCUUAACCUGAAGCACCACUUUAGCUAAUGGGGCCUCCUGCUGCUGCCGCGCUGCCGGAGCACGAUUUCUGUUCUCAUUCUGAAGCAAAGUUCUUAACCUGAAGCACUAUUUCUGGGUUAGCGGAGUCUGUAACCUGAAGCGUAUGUAACCUGAAGCAUAUGUAAUCCGAGGUACCACUGUACAGGUUGAUAGGACUGUGGUUCAGCCACAGCAAACCUCUCUGCUGACUUUAUCAGAUCAGCACUGGUAACCUCAGCUGAUUGGAAGCUCAUCUCAAUUGCAGUCAGGGUUCAACUGUAUAAUACGCAAGCUGCUGUGGGAACAUUCUUGGAUUUUCUUUUUGUGUAUUGGCAUUGUUUUAAAGCUGUGGUGCAAUUGUCCCAAGCAGAAGAGGAUCUAGCAGAGAAUGAGGGGUUGUCAGAAUGGAUAAAGUUAACUUAAAAGCUGAGGAAGAUAGUUUUGUCCCCUCACUUUUUAUCAAAACCAUUGCCAUAGAAAAUAGUUGUUAAAUGCAAACUUUCCCACCCCCCAAUUCAAAUGAAGACGACUAAGAAUAUUGAAUCAACAGCUGAAGAACCAAGAGAGAGCAGAAAAAGAAUGCAAUCUGGAUAGCAACUAUGAAUGUAAGUAACAAAGUGUAAAGAUUUGAAUGUAUUUUAAAAGCACUUAAAACAGAAUUUGAGGUGUAUUCACAGUCUCUGCUGGUUACUCACACUUCUAACAGUUCUGGAAGCAAUGCUGUUUUCGUCUAAUGAAGUACUUGAAUAGCAUACUAUAUUUACUUUAUAUAAAGCCCUUCAUGUAAUAGUAAGCCAUAGUUAAUGGUUUACCACAAAUGCACAAAUUAUACCUGCUUUCCCUUGCUUAAGUGUGUCCAAACUGGAAAUAAAGGUUUGUUUUGCUCCAAUAACAAAUGAAGGAUCGUGGUUUCUUUCUCCUGCCCACUAGUAAGAGCAAAGUGUGCAUGAUUGGCACAUUCACAAUUAACUAUUAGCUAUGUUUUUUCAUUCUUGUCUACUAAACUGCAGCAGAUUUCUGGCUCUAAAGGUUUUCAGUUAUGCUGCUGCUUCUCCUAGCCGUUAUUCAGACCUAUGUCACUCUGUUAUUCCAUGAUUUGUUUUAUGCCAAUGAUUUUUUAUAAUGUGUUGUACCCAAAGCUAAAUACAUUUUCUAAAUAUGUUAAUAAUAGAUUUGCAGUACAUAUGAAAGCAGAAACUAGUUAGCUGAAGAUUUCCUAGCACGUUCACGUGCUCUUGCGAAUUAGCUGCAUGUGUGAGCAGAAGAUUGGUUCACAUUUUGGCUUAUUAAGAUGUGAGAUGCUAAUCAAAACAUUACCACUGUCUCAUUACCUCUCAUACUGUUUCACAUGAAACAAUGCCAUUGUAUCGUACAACUUUAUUCAGGAAUGGCUUAUUGACUUGAUUGUGGAAGUGGUUACAUGCAUGGUUUCUCUUACAGUUUGAAUAUUAAAGUCUGUAUAGUUGGGUCAUACUAUGAAUUUCUACCAUGUACAUUAUUGUAUAGAGAAAAGUAGGUGAACCAGUUAGUGCAGGCAGCGAGUUGGCUGUAUCUUCAUGAUUGCAGCUCCAACCAGUAAGUAAGACAUCUUCAGUUUGGCCUAGAAGGAAAUAGAAAAACUCAUUACAGCUACAGCAGAACAGUUCAUAUAUAUUCAUCUAAGGACGUGUUGCAACAUUCUCUACUGAUUAAAAUUUCUAGACAGUCUCCAAAGGAAGCCUCGGGCAAAAUAUAUUGCUGUUAAAAAUCCUAGAGAUUACAAGGGCAUGCCACCUAUUUAUAUUUUAGUAGUUAUAAAUAUUUGUUCGAGUUGAACUUGUCUUUUAAAACAACUAUAUGCUUCUUCCCAUAGUCUCGCUCCAGUCUUUGAAUAUCACAUUGCAGAGUCAGUUGAAUGAAUAUAUGAAAAGCAAUGAGUUGCUGCGGAAUAAAAAUGAAGAGAUCAUUAAAAUGUUAGAAAGCCAAAAAGAGGAAAAUAGAAGGCUGACCAGAAUAAUUCACGAGAGGGACCAAGAGCUUCAUGAAAAGCAACAGCAAUAUGAUAUUUUCUCAACAAAGCUCAAAAUUGGUGUGUACACUGAGGCACUUUCUGGGUUCAUAUUUGUUUAAUGUAAAAAUUACAAUUUACACUUCUUCAAUGUGUUUCAGAAGCAGACGAUAUACUGAACAGCACAAAGAGCUUGCAGUACAAGUUGGAAGUUGCUGAGAAAGAAAACCAGAUUUUAGGCAUAACAUUGCGUCAGAAAGAUGCAGAAGUGAAUAGGUUACAUGAAUUGACUCGGUAACUAUCUUAAUUUGCUUGUUAAAUAUGUAUCUCACCUUUUAAUCAAAUGGUGCAAAUAACUAAUGUUCAGUAACAUUGCCCUUGUCUAACUUCCAUCUUUUAACUUUAGUCCUAUGCAGUUAGCAAAAUUUUAGGCCCAACACAUUUAGAAUGAAAAGCUGAAAAUUGCAUGUAUGUUGAUCUGAAAGCUAUGAUAAACUUAUUGAAGACUGGGAGAAGUCGCCAUAUUGGAAAAUGGUGGAUUCUUUUCAGUUUAAAAGCACCAGUAUUUCAGAAAAUAAUAGCCAAAUUGAACAUUCUCCAAAGAUUUUGCAGAAUAAUUUCAGGUAGGAUUUUCAAACUUCAGAUUUGGGAGGGGGAACAUGCCAUAUGUUUAGCAUGGCAAAGGAACAAUAUUCAGCUUUUUAUUUUAAAUGUUUGGGUCAAGCACUAGUUUCACUGGAAACUAAUAUUACAACUAGUAUUCAUUAACUAUAUAAAUUGGCAAAAUACUAUAGUAGAAACCCAUUUCUGUCACUUUAUUAGGGAAGAAUGUAUUGCUCUUGUGACUUUGUUUCAAUAAUUAGUUGCUCUUUGAAAACUGUAUAAUGCAAGUAAUCCUGACAGUUAGCUGAACUUCAGUGUGCUACACUAGUUCCUGAAACUUGAUUGGCUUACGGCUGACAUUGAGGUGGUCGUGCUCAGUCUUCUUGGGACUUGAUUCAUUCACUAUAGAAUGCCACCCAGAGGGAGAGUCCAAAGGAUGUACAGAAGUUCAGAAAAUAAAGAUAAAUUGUCCUUUGUUUUUCUACAGUUAAUGGGUUUGAAUAAUCUCUCUUUCUAUCAAGAAUCCAAUUUAUUUAAGACUUCUUUUGAGGUACAUUAAGUAUGAAAAGAUAUUGUGUAGAAACAGACAAAGAGAAACAAAUCUGCUUAGUCAAGUCUAUUUACUUACCUCCAGCUGUUCCGUCUCUCCUUAUUUCACUUGAGCUACUUGUUUAAUAGAAUAUUGUUUGAAGAGGGCAUAAUUUAUCCUGUGAACUGCCCUGAGACCUAUGGGUAUAGGGCAGUAUACAAAUUUAAACAAUAAAAACAACAACUGCUUCUGGAGCAGGUCGUCUUGCACAAGACCUUUGUUGAAGUUUAACUGAUAGUUCUGUCACAUAUAUUUAGUGUUAUAUCAAGUCUUGCACUGUGGGUGUAGUACUUAGCCACCAGAUGGUGUCAGAGAUUCAUGGACUAAGUUGAAACCUGUCUUGCUAGAAAGGGGGGGAAAUGACCCUUUACAAUUGCCAGGGUGAAUAAAAGUUGUCACAUUCUGGUUUUUAGCUCUUGUUUUCUCUUGUUGCUUCACCGAAUCCAGUUGGGCACCAUUACCACACGUUACAGGUAGAUUUUUCAGACUGUAGCUCAAACAAGAUGGGGGUUGUUUGUGCAACCUGUGUGCAUACUUUUGUCUCCUGUUUAAUAGGUUGGAACUGAACUAUUGAGACUAUUCAAAAAGCUUAAAUUUUUACCCCUUCAGCUAUUCAGGACAGUGGGGAGCAGAACACGUGCCAGCACUCCUCCACCCCGCAAACAGCUAAUCCUCAGACUGUUUUAUUUUUUAAAAGAACCGUGGGUGCAGCCACAACAGUUUCAUGGGCAGCACUUUUGAGUUCAGUUUUUAAUGUUUUUGGAAUUUUCCUUGAAUGUUCCAGGAGAGAGUGAUCAAUUUAUUUUUUCAAGUGGCAAGCAUUCCAUUCAUAACAAUGGGCAAAGGGAGGGGUUCUCCCGCUCUUCCCCAGACACCCAUUGCAAUGGGUUAUGGGAAGCGUGUCUCUUAGUAAAGACUUCCGAUUGCAGCAUUAGUUCUUCCUUUAAGGCUGAAUGGUGGCCGUUUGGCUUUUAUUUAUAAAAAUAUUUCUAUAUCACUAUAACAUGAAAUAUCAGGACAUUGCGCAACAUUAGAACACAACACAAUUAAAUUAAACUAAAUUAUUAUUAUUACAGUGGUACCUCGGUUUAAGAACUUAAUUCGUUCUGGAGGUCCGUUCUUAACCUGAAACUGUUCUUAACCUGAAGCACCACUUUAGCUAAUGGGGCCUCCUGCUGUCACCACGCGAUUUCUGUUCUCAUCCUGAAGCAAAGUUCUUAACCCGAGGUACUAUUUCUGGGUUAGCGGAGUCUGUAACCUGAAGCGUCUGUAACCCGAGGUACCACUGUAUUAAUAUCAACAACAACAACAACAACAACAACACCACAUAUACCCGGGCAUGUUAGGGAGACAAGCCACCAUUGAUCACUAGUUUUGGGGGAAGGGGCAGCGCUUUUCCUCCUAGCAGUGUUUGUAACUGUGGCCAACUUGGUUUUGGCCCGUGUGACUUGUUGGAAGGCAUUGACAGCUGGGUGUAUGGUUGUAUUUACAUGGCCCCAUUUCUAGAAACCCCCCUUCACUUAUAGCCUCUCUCACUUGGCAUCCUCUCUCCCACACGGUUAUGACAUUUACUUACACACACACACACAUGCACACACACACACACACACACACACACACACACAAUGUUCAGUUUUCUUUUUCUUUUAUUUUCAGUGAAAGUUUAAAUGUCUUUUCCUCUUUACAAAACUAAUAGAUAAUGUUCUACUUCAAUACAUUGGUCGUUUGGAAGAUAAACUUAAGACAGACCACCAAAAAAGCCCAACCUGCAGUCAUAGUUUUUAAGUUUUGCUUAAAAGCUCAGUAUAGGUAUGACUAAACAGUAUUACUAACUUCUGUAUUGUCUCAAGGUGUACUGUAUGCUGAAAGAGGUACAGUAUACGAUAUCUAUACCCACAGGUAAGUGGGUAUAAAACUACAACCAGAGCCUAACUGCUUGAGACAAAUUCAGGAUCUUGGAUUUUGUCAUAUUCCUUGUCCUAAUUAAAAUUAAACUACUGAAUUGUUCUCAACAGGGCUCUGCAGGGCAGUAUGUCCAAACUUCUCUCGGACCUCACUGUGGACACUGCCAAACCCAAACAGGAAAGAAGUCUGUCAAAAGCACUCUUGGAAAUUCAUGAGAAACAGCUGCAGGCCGACGCAUACCCUCUAAGUGAUUCUGUAAUGAGCUACCUUAAAAAGUUAGAAACCAGUCCUAUUCUGGCAGAGCCUGUCUUACCAAAAAGUAAGAUGAAGGUACCAGGUGAAGGAUAUGACAUGAGGGCAACUGAAGACCCUCUUCAAAACAGCCCUAUUGCAGGGGAAAUAGUGCCUCCAAAAAGCUUUGCCUUUCUAAAGCCUGAAGUUGAAGCAGCCAGCAAUUCAAGUACUUUGGUAGAAGGGCAUGGGCCGGAUGAGACUAUUUACAUUCCAUUGAGUAGCAGUCCAUCUCAGAGACCAGCUGCAGCAGCUGAAAGGACAGAUACACAGUGUCAAGUUCCCCCAAAACAGGACUGUAACUUUGGGUUGGCCAAUUCCAAGCAACCAAUUAGGUUUGAGAUGCCGGGCAACAAUGCAAAGGCCGUUGAUAAAUUGUAUGGUAGCUUUAGUCCCAAAAAGACUGCGGAAAAUAAGUCUGAAAGUAAGGGGAAGACAGCAAAGCUGGAGGGAGACAGAUGCCAAAUGCAGCCAAAAGAAAUAACAAAUGAAGCUGCUAAAAUGAUUUCGGACGAUCCAGAUGGACUUCAGCCUGAUAAAUUCUUUUAUGCUUCUAUUCCACAUCAGAAAGGAAACACGCAGAAAAAAGGCCCUGGUAUUUCUGUUCCUGACUCCAGUUUCUCAACUUUUGACUGGAUGUCUGGAAAAUCUGAAUGGACUAUAUCUUCCUUUUCAACAUUCACUUCUAGAGAUGAAGAAGACUUCAAAAAUGGUCUAGCAGCCUUGGAUGCAAACAUAGCUAGACUGCAAAAGACUUUGCAGAAUAGUUUGAAAAAAACAGCAAGUCCUUAAUGCACCAUUUCAGAAGAAGCUAGAGAAAUGCUUUCCUUGAAAUCUAGUUAUUUUAUAGCAUGUUUGUACUUGUAUAACUUUUGAAUUGUUGCUGUAACACUUUUUUUUUACUGACAAGAUGAAGAGCUGUUUUACUGGCAAAAAAUUAUUCAUUACUUAAAUGAAGAUUAAAUCUGAAAUAUUCCUGUAAAUUUUAAUUGUAAAAUGUAAAUAAAUGUAAGUUUUCUAAUAAAUUAUUAAUUAUUUGUUAAUAAAUUGAUUGAAUCU